AUGGAGGAUUCUAAAGCUUUCAAUACAACGCUUGUGGCGAAAAACUGGCGGCGUCUAUAUCGCAACCCAGAACUAUUGUUGUCAAGGGUGUACAAGGUUGUGCACUAUCCAAAGUGUUCUUUGUGGGAGGCGAAAAAAGGCAGUAGUCCAAGCUAUACUUGGUCUAGCUUGUUUCAGUCACGUUGGCUUUUGGAUGAUGAGGUUCGUUGGCAAGUUUGGAGUGGUGUAGCCAUCGAUAUUACUGAUGAGCGAUGGCUUCCACUAGGUUGCCCACUCAUUUACAGAGAGGAUUUGGCAAAUGAUCUGGGUGUCAAGACGCUGCCUAUCCCUCAGGUACAGCAGGAUGAUCUCUUGUACUGGCCCCAUGUAUCCAAUGGUGAGUAUGAUACCAAGUAUGGGUACGUCGUGGCUCGAGCAAGGGCAGAUAGAAGUUCUCCUUCUUCAUCAUCUACUCACGAGCUCCCCUCAAGUUUCUGGAAACAGUUGUGGAAGGCCCCUGCAAUUCAGCGUUGUAUUGAGCUAGUGUGGAGAGGCUGCCUGAAAAUUCUUCCGGUGCGGGAGGUGCUACGGGCGAGAGGGAUGGAUGUAGAUGUGCUAUGUCCCUGGUGUAAGGUGCAGCCGAAGUCGAUAUCUCAUGUUCUUCUCCACUAUCUGGUUGUCCAACGUUGGUGGUUUGCGUCGGAUUUGGGUUUGCGGUUGACAGAGGAGGAUGAGUUCCAUGAGUUCUCACAGAAGCUGGUUGGUAGUCAUGAUCCACAAGUUGUUGCGGCCUUCUGUACCUUUUGCUACGUUAUUUGGGAGGCCAGGAAUGAUCUUCUAUUCAAUGGGGUGGAGACGCGGGUGGAGAGGCUGCUGCAACGUGCGCAUGCACUUCGACCACCGAAGGACGAGCAAAGGAGUGGGGGGAACAUCAGACCUCUUGCGAGAAGCUGGCAACGACCAACUCAAGGCAUCACAAAGUUCAAUUUCGAUGCAACAUGGUUGCUAAUGGUGGAUCGGGUUUUGGCUGUGUGGCUCUGA